AUGGCGAGCUGGGCACCGGAGCCGGGUGGUCUUCAACAAAUCCUGACCACGAUCCAUGAAUCGACGGACAUGAACGUCCAGGUCCAGAAAAACAUCACCUUCCGCCUCAAUGAAUUCACGCGUUCUCCAGAGUAUAUAGCCUAUCUGGCCUAUAUUCUCUCCGCCAUGACCCAGGAGGAAGAGAGGAUCCGCUCGAUUGCGGGCUACCUGCUCAAGAACAAUGCGCGCCUGAUCCUCAUGGCGUCGCCCGAAGUUAUGGCCUACGUCAAGUCCGCGGUGCUCACCGCGUUCACGGAUGACUCGAUCAUGGUCCGCAAUGCGGCUGGACAGGACGUCGUCGCGUUCCUCGGCGUCCUGGAACCCCGCAACUGGCCGGAGUGUCUCGCCGCGCUUGUUAACCUCCUGGACUCCCCGGACCUCGACAAGCAGGAGGCUGCCUUCAACGUGCUCGAGAAGGCCUGCGAAGACUUCCCUCGCAAGCUCGAUGUUGACAUCUCGGGCCAACGCCCCCUCGACUACAUGAUCCCCAAGUUCCUCUCCCUCGCCGACCAUCCAUCAGCCAAGAUGCGCUCACACGCGGUCGCCUGCCUCUCCUACUUUGUGCCCACCAACUGCCAAUCCCUUUAUGUGCACGUCGAUCUCUUCAUUGCCACGCUGUUCAAGCGCGCGUCUGACGACGACCCCUCCGUCCGCCGCCACGUGUGCCAAGCGCUCGUCCUCCUCCUCGCCGCACGGCCCGAGAAGCUCAUGCCGGAGAUGGUCAACGUCGCCGAGUACAUGCUCUACUCGACAAAGGACCAGAACGAGAACGUGGCGCUCGAGGCGUGCGAAUUCUGGCUCACGUUCGCGGAAGACGCGGACCUCUCCGUCUACCUCCAGCCAUUAUUAGGCAAGGUCGCGCCGGUCCUACUCGAUUGUAUGGUCUAUGGCGAGGACGACCUUCUAUGGCUCGAAGGCGAUACCGAGGACUCGCAUGUGCCGGAUAAAGAAACGGACAUCAAGCCCCGGUUCUAUGGCGGCAAGUCACACGGCUACGAACACGACGGCAGCGAUGCGCCCGGCGUGAACGGCGAGCCCAAGCGCAUCGGUGCUUACGGGGAGGAGACGCUGGAUGACGAGGACGAGGAUGACUACGACCUCGAUGACGACGACUUCGCCGACGAGAUGUCGACGGAGUGGAACCUCCGGAAGUGCGCCGCAGCAGCGCUCGACGUCCUCGCUGUGCGCUUCGGGCCGGAACUGCUGAAUGUCCUGCUUGGCCCGCUGAAGGACAAGCUAUGGAGCAACGACUGGCUGCAGCGGGAGAGCGGGAUCCUCGCGUUAGGCGCCAUGGCAGAAGGCUGUAUCGACGCGAUCGAGCCGCAUCUGCCAACGCUGAUCCCGUACCUCAUAGGCAUGCUCAACGACCCCAAGCCCCUCGUGCGGUCGAUAACCUGCUGGACCCUUGGGCGGUAUGCCAGCUGGGUCACGCAACCCAUCUCGCCGGAGCACAAGUCCCAGUACUUUGUUCCGACAAUGGAAGGGCUUCUGCGCAUGGUGCUCGACAACAACAAGCGAGUGCAAGAGGCGGGUUGCAGCGCAUUUGCUACACUCGAGGAGGACGCAGGCAUCGAGCUCGUGCCGUAUUUGGAACCCAUACUACGCAACCUGGUGUUUGCGUUCGACAAGUACCAGCAUAAGAACAUGCUGAUCUUGUACGACGCCAUCGGCACCCUUGCGGACGCCGUCGGGCGCGCUCUGCAGAACCCCACAUAUGUGGAGAUCUUGAUGCCGCCAUUAACUGGCCGCUGGGCGAAGUUACGGGAUGAUGAUGAGGAUCUCAUCCCUUUGUUGGAGUGUCUGGCGUCGGUGACCAUCGCCAUGGGCUCGGGCUUCCUCCCAUACGCACCACCAGUCUUCGAGCGAUGCAGCAGCAUCAUCCACCAUUCCCUCCUUCAGUACCAGGCCUACCAGCAGAAUCCCGACAUGGAGGAGCCCGAGAAGGGCUUCCUCGUCGUUGCGCUCGACCUCUUAUCCGGCCUCACUCAGGGCCUCGGCAUGUCCCUCGAGCCGCUCAUCAACGCCGGCAACCCGAACCUGCUCAGCCUGAUCACCAUCUGCCUCAAGCACCCGCAGGCGUCUGUGCGACAGUCCGCGUACGCGCUCGUCGGCGAUAUGGCGAUGAGCUGCUUCGUGCUGCUCCGGCCGCACAUGCCGAAUAUCAUGUCGGAGCUCAUCAUGCAGCUCGAUCCGGAGCCCAAGUUCGAGUUCAUCAGCGCGUCGAACAAUGCGGCGUGGUCGGUGGGCGAGGUUGCGCUGCGGUAUGGGCGGGAGGACCCCGAGUUUGCGCAAUGGGUCGGACCGCUGAUCCAGCGAUUGGUGCCCAUAUUGCUGCACCCGAAGGCGCCGCGCAGCUUGCAUGAGAACGCUGCAGUCUCAAUAGGGCGCAUCGGGUUGAUGCACCCGAGCUUGGUUGCGCCGCAUUUGGGCGAAUUCGCUCAAGCUUGGUGCCAGGCCUUGUACGAGAUCCGCGACAACGAGGAGAAGGACUCUGCGUUCCGUGGUCUCUGCACUCUCGUGCAGGCGAACCCUGCGGGCAUCUCGAAGUGCCUCCUCUGGUUCUGCAACGCCAUUGUGCGGUGGAAUCAGCCAUCGGCGGAGCUGAACAGCAUGUUCCAGCAUCUCCUCCAGAGCUUCAAGGCUCAGGAUGAGGCCGCAUGGGCUGCCCAGGUUGCCUCCUUCCCGCCCGUCAUCCAGGAACGUCUGUCCGCGCGGUAUGGUGUUUGA